GUCUGUGUGUGUCCGAAUGAUUUGGUAGCAAACUUCGUACAAAAGUAAUGAAAUGAUGUACAGAACCCGAUGAAGUCGACGAUUCUAUGUGAUUCCAUGGUGACUUUAUUCAGGUCGUGUUUACACCGCUGUAGUUGACUCGGGGGCCAUUACCUCAGAAUGCAUAUCAGAAUGUGGAUACUAUAACCUGAAUAAUGAGAGCGUCACCUUUGUAGGUGAGAUGCCGGACAUGGAAGACUUUCCCAGCGGUAAAAAUAAAUUGCCUUUUGGUGUAAUUGAGUUCAGCUGCACACCUGCUGGAGGAACCGAGCAAAAGCUGACCCUGAUCGUAUCAACACUCAACACCAACGAUAACAAAGCAACAUUCGUCGGGAAGACAGAGUACGAAGCAACCAUACCAGAGUUGGCGAGGCCGGGAGUUCUUCUCGACUUCGGCGAUAUCAUACUGAUGAAGGACAUGGAUCGCCUGCGGAAGGAACUUACCUACAACUUGAUAACGGAAGAAGACGUGCCGUUUGAGGUCAGCCACCUAGACGAUAGUUUUACUGCCGAUGGUAGAAUCGAGUUCGAAGUGAAGGUAAAAAAUCCUCCGGCCGUCGACUUUGAGCGAAUCCGACAGUACAACUUGACUCUGGCUGUUACGGACGCCCAAGAUGGAGUCUUCAAAGACCACAUUUCAUCAGUCACGUUGAUUAUUACUGUUGAGGAUCUCGACGACAAAGACCCAGUCUUCACCCAUCUGAAUUACGCAGCAACCAUAGAAGAAGGGACUGUGGGAGACCUCACCGUGAUGCCAGCCGACAUCUGUGCCUACGACCAAGAUCUGGGCCUGAAUGUUGCUGUAACCUACAGCAUAACAGACAUUGUAGGGGAUUGUCCAGCUGACAGUCUUGAAAUCGACGCCUAUACAGGAGUCAUCAGCGUCAACGACACGCGGCUGAAAGCUGGGCAGUGCAUCAUUGAACUAACGGCGAGACAGGUUGACGAUGAUCAGCGUAGCGCAAGGGCCACUCUGACCCUUACCAUCAGCGACAUUGACACUAAUUGUCCAGGCUUUGCUGUCACCGAGUUGACCGGUAGAGUAGACCCAGAAGAUGCCUUCGUCUACGAGGCUGACGGAGUGGACAAGUUGCUCCUAGAAGUCACUGACGACGAUGCGACUUUUUCAGGGAACCUAACUCUUCAUGAUUUGGAUGAGCAUCCGUUCAGACUUGCGACGGAGGGAACUGAACAAGGGGCCCCCACCCUGUACUUCAAUGUAACUGGCUCGCCGGUACUGACCAUCAACCAAACCUACAACCUACAGGUCACUGUUUCGGCAUCAGACAACUGCACCGUGGAGCGAGCAUCAGUAAAAAUUACGGUUCAAAACCUCGCCCCGCGGUUUAAUCAGGAGAGGUACGACACCGAAAUCACAGAAGGUUACGUAAGCAUAGACCCCAUAGAAACAGUCUUUGCCGUGUCUCUUGGCGCGCCAAAUAAAAUCAGUUACUUCCUGAAGUCAGCCACAAACGGCGGAGAGGGUUUCUUCAAAGUCGAUCGGAAUUCUGGCGAGAUAUUUCUGACAUCUGUUGAAGUGGACGCCGAGCGAGUAGAGGAAUUUAUUCUAUUUAUUGAGGCAAUGGACCGGUCCUGGGAGCCCAGUCGCGUCUCCUUUGCGUAUGUUUUCGUAACGGUAAAUGACUCCAAUGAUAACGCCCCUGUCUUCGAAGACACUCCUUAUGAAGAAGUGAUUCCUGAAAGCGGAUAUAACGACCCAAUUUUUACUGUCAAGGCUUUAGAUGCUGACGCAAGUGAUGUCCUACAGUAUUCGCUGUUAACUGAAAACUCUCCAUUUAAAAUCAAUAUUGAAGGUGGCUUGUCCGUGGUUGGUGUGCUCGAUGUGGACAAUGUUACUGACAGCCAAUCAGAAUACAUUCUGGUUGUUUCUGUUUCUGACGGCGAGAACGAUGUUUCGGUGAACGUGACCAUCUCAGUUAUGGAUGUGAAUGAUAACCCACCCAUGUUUGAUGAGGACGAUUAUAUUUGGGAGCUGCCGGAAGGAGAACCAUUGACCAAUGAAACAUUUGAGGUCACGGUGACGGAUAAAGAUAUCGAUGCAAACAUAUCAUUCUCUUUGGAGGAAGGAUCGGACGACAGAUUUCAACUUCUCGACAGCAAGUUCGGAGAGAUCACAGUUGACGGCACUUUUGACCGAGAGACCAAAGAAGAGAUCAUGUUGGUAGUUAUAGCAACGGAUGGUAAAUUUACAUCGGAAACAACAGUCAUUGUGAACGUAACAGACAUCAAUGAUAACAACCCAGAGUUUAUUGUAAGCUCCAGCACCAGUCUAGAAGUGGCUGAAAACGCAGUGAUUGGAACUUCAGUGUUUGUGUUCAUGGUAAUUGAUGCUGAUGAGCCGGGCACCGAUAACACUCAAAUUAUGCUGGUGAUCCAAAAUGAAACAGAUUUUGGAGUUAAAGUUGCCGACGAUGGUGACGGCUACCAGCUUUUUGUCAAUGGUACCCUAGACAGGGAGACCAGGGAAACGUAUGAGAUGUCAAUUGUGGCAAGCAAUCCUGGUUUUCCUGAGGUUAGCGCCACGUUGAAUGUGACUGUUACACUGCUAGAUGUAAACGACAACGCUCCUGAGUUUCUUGUCACUGACGAGGACAUCGCAUUGGAAACAGCAGCAACAUUUGAUCUUAUUGCAAAUCUGUCCGUCAUAGACAGGGACAAAGAACCAAGUUAUUUCAAGUUUUCUUCAAGCGGUGAAGACAGUGAUUUGUUCUUCGUGUCUCCGACAGACGAAGGCUGCUUAGUGUUCCUUAAAUCCAAGUUGGAGCUGUCCAGUGAGCAAUACAUCCUGGACAUCACGGUCUGGAACCCAGACUCACCGGAACUGAAGGGAGACCAUAGCACCAUUCGCUUGAGAUUUUUCUACGGCGAGUUACCAUGCUUUGAGAUUGUCCCCAAAGAUCCCGAAGUUACGCUGGUGAAUCCCGGAGACACAGAAUUUGUUGUUUUGACAAUGGGCGUGAACAUCAGCGACUGCAGUGACCCAUCUGCUGAGUCUGACAUCAUGUAUAAUGUUACAAGAGCCACGUAUAAAAAAGGUGAAUGGUUUUUAUUAUUUUGA